UCGACAUGCCACUCGAUAAGUUUUCUGCCUACGCCCGUCUAUCAUUCAAUUAACUGUUAAAUUAGGCGGAUUCAAAUCUGUAUAAAAUGCUUUUGAACGAUAUUAUAAGCGGAAAAGUAGGCGACGCCGUCUAUAUUAUUGCGGAAAUUGGCCAAAACCACCAGGGAUGCCUGGAAACGGCCAAAAGGAUGAUAUCCGAGGCCAAGAAUUCCGGAUGCCACUGCGUAAAGUUUCAGAAAUCCGAUUUGUCAGCAAAGUUUACGCGAUCCGCUUUGGAUCGAGAAUAUGUCAGCGAUCACGCUUGGGGAAAAACUUACGGAGAACACAAGGAGUACCUGGAGUUUUCCAAGGAUCAGUACUUUGAACUACAAGCUUUCAGCCGGGAAAUAAAUGUGGACUUUACAGCAUCCGCAAUGGAUGAGCUUUCCCUUGAUUUUCUGGUCGAACUAAAAGUGUCAUUCAUUAAAAUUGGCUCCGGAGAUGCAAACAACUUUCCGCUUUUGAAAAAAGCAGCCCGUUUGGACAUGCCAUUGGUAAUCUCGACCGGAAUGCAGACCAUGGAGACGGUGGAGAGGAUUGUUCAAACAAUGGAGGAGGCUGGAAAACGAAACUACGCUCUAAUGCACUGCGUUUCAUCAUACCCAACUGCCCCCAAAGAUUCCAAAUUGCAACUGAUUUCCAUGCUGAAGAGGCGCUUUCCCAAUGUACCCAUUGGUUAUUCUGGCCAUGAACUGGGAGUGGUCAUUAGUCAAGCUGCUGUCUUGCUGGGAGCACGCAUAGUGGAGCGCCAUUUCACCCUGGACAAAAAUCAGAAGGGCUCCGACCAUCGAUGCUCACUCGAGCCCCAAGAACUGAGAGUCCUAACCACAGCAAUUACGAACUUUAACCUUUCGACAGUUCCGUUGUCUCCCAAAGAAAUCUUACAAAAACUUAAUGGCACUGCAGAACUGGAGGAAGCUCUUGAGGACGUUGAGUGUAAAACCAUUUUACCUUGCGAGUUGCCCUGUCGAAAUAAACUGGGCAAAUCCAUCGUGGCAUCUAGACCUCUCAAAAAAGGCCACAGACUUCAAUUGGCGGACAUGGCCAUCAAAGUAAGUGAACCCAGCGGCCUGGCAGCAGAGUCAUACAUGACCAUAAUCGACAAGGAAUUAACAGACGAUGUUGGUGAGGAUGAACCCAUAUUGGGGAUUAGUAUAAUCCUUUAGGUCA